ACACACACACCCCAUCGAGGAUGAUUGCCAUCACCAACCGCCGACUCUCUCUCUCUCCCCUUUCCCAACCAUAGAGGCGUAAAAGCUCCGUCGCUUACUCUUCCCAAUCUACAGCUAUUUAUUUACAGAAAAAAGUGGGAUGAGCAGCCAUUCCCUCCUUCCUUCCCGUAACUAUAAACCCAAGGCGGGAGGAUAAACCAUGAUUUAGCUGCUCCUCCACUUCUUCCCCGCCCUCUUCUUGUCUGUUCUCUGUAAAUUUGAACGCCAUACUUCGUUUGUGUAAUCCGUCAGUGGGAUUCUUCUAUUUUUGGUUUUUGUCGAAGUCGGAUUGGAGAUUUUGGGGCUCGCAGAUCUCUGAUCGGGGAUGAAGAAGAUGGGCCCGACCGAAGAGGGGAGAGGGGGCGAAAGCCCGACGGAUGCGAUCGAGGUGGAGAGUACCGGCGGCCGCAUCUCCUUUAGUGGCCCCUUGAGCGGGCCUCUCAACAAGAGGGGGGAGAAGAGCGGCGCCCGGGUUAGCUUCCCGGGCUCGCCUUCGUCUGUGGGGUCGGUUAAGGGGAAGGAGCAGGAGGAGGAGGACGACGAUGACACGUACGUGGAGAUCACCCUGGACGUGCGCGACGACACGGUGGCGGUGCACAGCGUGAAGGCGGCGGGGGCCGGCGGGGACGCCGCCGGGGACCCGGAGGUGGCGGCGCUCGCGCGGGAGCUGGAGAGGCGGUCGGCGUUCGGGGCGUCGGUGAUGCGCACGGCGUCGUGGAGGUUCCGGCAGGUGUCACAGGAGCUGCGGCGGCUGGCGUCGUUCGGGCGGCGUCCCGGGGCGGGGAAGUUCGACCGGAGCAGGUCCGCCGCCGCGCAAGCCCUCAAGGGCCUCAAGUUCAUCAGCAAGGCCGACGGCGUCGCCGGAUGGGCUGCCGUCGAGCGCCGCUUCGAUGAGCUCGCCGUCGAUGGCACCCUCGACCGCUCAAAGUUCGCUCAGUGCAUCGGAAUGAAAGAGUCGAAGGAGUUCGCAGGCGAGCUGUUCGAUGCGUUGGCGAGGAGGAGACAGAUCAAAGGGGAUACUAUCACAAAGGCGGAGUUGCGAGAGUUUUGGGAUCAGAUAUCGGAACAGAGCUUCGAUUCCAGGCUCCAAACCUUCUUCGAUAUGGUGGAUAAGAACGCGGAUGGAAGAAUCACGGAAGAGGAAGUCAGAGAGAUCAUCUCGCUGAGCGCUUCAGCCAACAAUCUCUCCAAGAUUCAAGAUCAGGCGGAGGAGUAUGCGGCGCUCAUCAUGGAGGAACUGGACCCCGACAGUCUUGGCUACAUUGAGAUAUACAACCUGGAGAUGCUCCUGUUGGAGGCGCCCGGCUACUCGGCGCAGCUCGGCACCACCAACAGCCGAAACCUGAGUCAGAUGCUGAGCCAGAAGCUGAGGCCGACCCGUGAGCCAAACCCGCUGGUCCGGUGGUACCACGAGGGGCGCUACUUCCUGGAGGACCACUGGAAGCGGGUGUGGGUGAUGGUGCUGUGGCUGUGCGUCUGCGCCAGCCUCUUCGCGUGGAAGUUCGUCCAGUACCGGCGGCGCGCGGUGUUUCAUGUCAUGGGUUAUUGCGUCUGCGUCGCCAAGGGCGGCGCGGAGACCCUUAAGUUCAACAUGGCCCUCAUCCUCCUCCCGGUCUGCCGCAACACCAUCACCUGGCUCCGCACCAAGACCAAGCUCGGCAAGGUCCUGCCCUUCGACGACAACCUCAAUUUCCACAAGGUGAUCGCGGUGGGCGUGGCGAUCGGUGUCGGGCUUCAUGCGAUCUCGCACUUGACGUGCGACUUCCCACGCCUCCUGCACGCGACGGACCAAGAGUACGAUCCCAUGAAGCACUUCUUCGGGGACACCCGGCCCAACAACUUCUGGUGGUUCGUGAAGGGCACGGAGGGGUGGACGGGGGUGGUGAUGGUGGUCCUGAUGGCCAUCGCCUUCACUCUCGCCACCCCGUGGUUCCGCCGCAACCGGCUCAACCUGCCCUGGCCCUUGAAACGCCUCACCGGGUUCAACGCCUUCUGGUACUCUCACCACCUGUUCGUCAUCGUCUACGUUCUCCUCAUCAUCCACGGCACCUUCAUCUACCUCUCGAAGAAAUGGUACAAGAAGACGACAUGGAUGUAUUUGGCGAUUCCGCUCAUCCUCUACGCCAGCGAACGGUUGAUCAGAGCGCUCCGAUCGAGCGUGAGGGCGGUCAAGAUAUUGAAAGUGGCGGUGUACCCUGGCAACGUCCUGACUCUUCAAAUGUCGAAGCCACAGGGCUUCAAGUACCGAAGCGGUCAAUACAUAUUUGUUAAUUGCGCAGCCGUCUCCCCGUUCCAGUGGCACCCAUUCUCCAUCACGUCAGCCCCGCAAGACGACUACAUCAGUGUUCACAUACGGACCCUGGGGGACUGGACCAGGCAGCUCAAAGCUGUUUUCUCUGAGGUGUGUCAGCCACCAACAAGUGGCCAAAGCGGUCUUCUUAGAUCAGACUACGACAGCAACAACAACCUCAUCUUUCCAAAGGUGCUGAUCGAUGGGCCGUAUGGAGCACCAGCCCAAGAGUACAAGAAGUACGAGGUCGUACUGCUGGUGGGGCUGGGAAUCGGCGCCACCCCUUUCAUCAGCAUCGUCAAGGACAUCGUCAACAACAUGAAGCAAUGGGACCCCGAAGAGUCGUCCGACGGCGACGACGUUCGCGACGCGUCGGAGGGCGGCAGCGGCGGCCACAGUAGCAGCCACCGGAGGCCGGUGACGUCGUCGACGUCGUCGUUCAAGACGAGGAGGGCCUACUUCUACUGGGUGACGCGGGAGCAGGGAUCGUUCGAGUGGUUCCGGGGGGUGAUGAACGAGGUGGCGGAGACGGACAAGAAGGGGGUGAUCGAGCUGCACAACUUCUGCACCAGCGUGUACGAGGAGGGCGACGCCCGGUCCGCCCUUAUCGUGAUGCUACAGUCCCUCAACCACGCCAAGCACGGGGUGGACAUCGUGUCGGGCACUCGGGUCAAGUCCCACUUCGCCCGCCCCAACUGGCGCAACGUCUACAAACGCAUCGCCCUCAACCAUCGCGAUCAACGAAUCGGUGUAUUCUACUGUGGAGCCCCGACCCUGACGAAGGAGCUGCGCCAGCUAGCCACGGAUUUCUCAAGGAAGACCAGCACCAAGUUCGACUUCCACAAGGAGAACUUUUGAAACCAUUCGAUGCCAUCACACAGUCACUUUCUCCUCCUUGUAUAGAUAUUUACCUGUUGGUUUCUCCUUUAACAUCUGAGGGCAGUGGCUGCGUAGAUGAACACAACCGCAGACACUGGAGAGUAUGUAGGGUAGGAUAGUAUUUGCCAGCCCCAUUGGGUCUACUUUCUUGUUGUUUCCAUUAUUUUUUAAAAUUAUUUUGGCCCCUGUUGUAUUACUAGCUAUUGUUGUGUUGUAUAAUAAGACAUGUCCUUCGCUUUUUUUCAA